AUGAGUAGCCUCAGGUUCCUCGAUCUUAUAAAACCCUUCGUGGCUUUCUUGCCCGAGGUUCAACAGCCCGAAACCAAGGUGCCGUUCAAUCAGAAGUUGAUGUGGACUGGCCUGACGCUGUUGAUCUUCCUGGUCAUGAGCCAGAUGCCACUCUACGGCAUUGUUUCUAGCGACACCUCCGACCCUCUGUAUUGGUUACGUAUGAUGAUGGCUAGCAAUCGGGGAACGCUGAUGGAACUGGGUAUCACACCAAUUAUCUCGUCUGGCAUGGUCUUCCAGCUCCUCGCUGGCACCCACCUGAUCGAUGUCAACCUCGAUCUCAAGUCCGACCGCGAACUAUACCAGACCGCUCAGAAACUCUUCGCAUUCGUCCUCUCCGCCGGUACCGCCACCGUCUACGUUUUCACCGGUCUCUACGGGCCCCCCUCCGACCUCGGCGCCGGUAUCGUCUUCCUCCUGAUCCUCCAACUUGUCAUCGCCGGCAUGAUCGUCAUUCUUCUCGACGAGCUUCUGCAGAAGGGAUAUGGCCUUGGUAGCGGAAUCUCCCUCUUCAUUGCCACCAACAUCUGCGAGUCCAUCAUGUGGAAGGCCUUCUCGCCCACUUCGAUCAACACCGGUCGUGGUCCCGAGUUCGAGGGAGCGGUUAUAGCCCUAUUCCAUCUGUUGAUGACUUGGCCCAACAAGCAGCGUGCUCUCCAGGAGGCUUUCUACCGACAGAACCUUCCCAACAUCAUGAACCUUCUGGCCACCCUGGCUGUCUUUGCCGCGGUUAUCUACCUACAGGGAUUCCGUGUCGAGAUCCCCGUCAAGUCUUCCCGCCAGCGUGGUGCUCGUGGCUCCUACCCCGUCCGUCUUUUCUACACUUCCAACAUGCCCAUCAUGUUGCAAUCCGCUCUCUCGUCCAACAUCUUCCUUAUCAGCCAGAUGUUGUACUCGCGUUUUGGUGACAACCUACUUGUCCGCCUGUUCGGUGUUUGGGAGGCCAAGGAAGGAACUGCUCAGCUUUCAGCGAUCUCUGGACUGGCCUACUACAUGUCCCCUCCGUUGAAUUUCCGCGAUGCCCUCCUCGACCCGAUCCAUACCGUUGUCUACAUCGCCUACAUGUUGAGUGCGUGUGCCAUCUUCUCCAAGACGUGGAUUGAAGUUUCUGGUUCGAGCCCUCGGGACGUCGCCAAGCAGUUGAAGGAUCAGGGUCUUGUGAUGUCCGGACAUAGAGACCAGAGCAUGUACAAGGAGCUUAAGCGCAUCAUCCCGACCGCUGCCGCAUUCGGUGGUGCAUGCAUUGGCGCACUGUCAGUCGCCAGUGAUUUGAUGGGCGCUCUCGGCUCGGGUACUGGUACCCUUCUUGCUGUCACUAUCAUCUACGGUUACUUCGAGAUCGCCGCGAAAGAAGGCGACCUCGCUGGCAUGAAGGGGAUGAUCAUGGGUUAA